AUGGCUUGUCGAAUAUUGAUCGCACUGGUGCUGAUUUUCAGCUUUGCAGCUCAGGGCAGAGCUUUUACUUUAUUCUCUUUCACCGGUGAUGCUCAACAACGGAUUGUGGUUGAACGUGAACUUCCUGCUUACACCUGGUGCACUGCCAGUCAACAUCCGGAUUACAACGAGAUCACUCAAUGGUACACUGGAUGGAAGUCGAUGUUCCGGGCGGACCUUCUGGCUAUGCCGGCUAUUAGAGAGCAGUUUAAUCUCGCCUUGGAUAUGAUGAACCAAAUUUUGUCUGGAAAUUUACCACCCCCUUGCGCGCGACGCGAUGCUUCUAUACCUCCUGUAGAGCCUUACCUGCGAAAGCCAGAGCUGCUGACGGCCAGAGUGGCGUCGCCAGGCUUGACUGUUCCGGUCAGUUUCACGGAGUUGAUCGAAAGAAGGGCCAUCGACAUGGGUAUUCCGUUUAUGCCCGUGCCCAACAAGUACCGCGAAGGCAAACCUGUUUUCCGGUUCGGUCCGUUUCUCAUUUACGUCGAUAUGAACGUGAUUUUCAUGCAACAGCAAAUGAACCAGUGGAUUCCGGUAUCGCUCGAACAACUGGUUUCUACUGCUAUGCACAGCGGUUGA